AUGCUUCCUGCUCUGAAUACCUUCUUGUUCCCCGUGCUGCUGCUCCUGAGCCACCGGCGGGAGGAGGCGGCCGAGGCGUGCAGCUGUGCCCCCGCGCACCCCCAGCAGCUCAUCUGCGACGCGGCCCUAGUGAUUCGAGCAAAAAUAUCCAGCGAAAAGGUGGUUCCUGCCAGCGAUGAUCCUCUUGAUACCCACAAAAUGAUCCGGUAUGAAAUCAAACAAAUAAAGAUGUUUAAAGGAUUUGAAAAGCUCAAGGAUGUCCAGUACGUCUACACCCCUUUUGAUUCGUCACUCUGUGGAGUGAAACUAGACGCUAACAACAAAAAACAGUAUCUUCUGACAGGCCAGAUUUUAAGCGAUGGCAAAGUCCUCAUCCAUUUAUGCAACUACAUUGAACCAUGGGAUAAUCUAUCCUUGUCUCAAAAGAAGAGUCUUAACCAGAGAUAUCAAAUGGGCUGUGGCUGCAAAAUCACUACCUGCUACAUGGUGCCCUGUUCAAUCACGACACCAAACGAGUGCCUGUGGACAGACUGGCUGAUAGAACGAAAGCUGUACGGGCACCAAGCCAAGCACUAUGCCUGUAUCAAGAGAAGCGAUGGCACUUGCAGCUGGUACCGAGGUGGUCCUCCCCCAGAGAAAGAGUUUAUCGAUAUCAGCGAACCUUAAAACGAUCACUUCCUAAAAAGCCUCGGAGUUGAUUCCAUCAAACAUUGCACGCUCACAGCUUUGAACUGCCACUGUCUAAUGUAUCUGUUGCUUAGAAACAAACACAAAUUGUCCUGUACAGCUAAAGUACGAGCCCGUGGAAUUGGCACUCACGCGAGAUGAGGAACAAAUCUCCUGGAGGGAGCUCCUCUGUAAAGUUAUGCUUUGUGCAGAGAGGCUCAAGCUGCGAAUGCUCCUCUGUGUCCUCUGAGGCAUAACCAGGUUCCCUGUUACCAAUACGAAUGUACAAGAACAAAAGAAUUGCCAGAAUUUUCUCCCCUAUUUCUGUUAACCUACAGAUUGAGAGCCCCAUGUUCUAUCCCAGAUCUUUCUGAUGAACUAUGGAAUGUUUUAUAGAACUAUUUUUUUUUCCUGUAUGAAAGUCUUCUGAUACAAAAGAACUAUUGUACAGUGUAUAUGUAAAGUAUUAUAACAAUGUGCUAUAAAAAAGUUUCAAAAAUCCCUGCUUCUCCUUAUCUGUUGAAACAAGUUGAACACUUCUGUGAUUAAGCAAUCUGUG